AUGCCGAGCGCAUUAUCUUUUUGGGAUGAGGAUCAUUAUCUUUUUGGGAUGAGGAUCUUGGUGCAAAUUAAGUGCUUUGCAGAUCUUCCGGUUGCAAUGGAUGAGCAGCAGUUAUGCUACCAGGAGAAAUGCCAGUCGUGUGGAAAUCUGAAGAUUAUUGGCCAUUUUCUUUUGACCACACAGCACUACUUUAUAAUAGUGUUGAACAGCAUGGGUAGUAGCGAAAGCCAUGUCAGCCUGUCUAAACUUCUGAUUGGUUGUACAUCUCCCACCAAUAUUACAAUCACAACUAAGUAUACUCUGGCCUCGAUGAUCUGCUGCUCUGAUGGACGGUAUGUCUGUAUUUCUCGUGACCAAAACAAGUGGCUCAUAUUUGAUACUAGGACAAUCGAGGCAGAAGAUUCCUGGGAUCGUUUGGUGCAGCGUUUUACAGAUAGCGAGCUCAGGAUUGAAGCCAUCAUCUUCGAGGUCAUCAAGUAGCUAAGAUAGAUUUGCAUGACCUUACCAAGUUAUUCUUUCAGUUUAGUACGCAGUGUUGUUCGAUCAUUUUAGUUUGGAGAUGGUGUAACUUCAGACCGGAGCUCUACGGAGAUAUGGUAGAUAUCGGUGGUUACAUGCUAAUGUUAUCUUGUGUCCAUAACAUGGAUAAUGCAUGGCUUUGCAUUACAGAUAGUCAGAUGCUGAUAUUUGUAACAUCUGUUUACAUAAC